AUGCCGCCUCAAGGUGCUGCUGCUGCUGCUGCAGCCGCACAAGCAGCAGCACCAGCAGCACCAGCAGCAGCAGCAAAUGCAGCAGCAAUGCCGGUGCUGCAGCAGCAGCCGAAGCGGCUGCUGCAGCACGCGCCUGAGAACCCCCUCAGCGCCUUUGUUGCUGCUGCUCUUGAUCCACAGGCAGCAACAGCUACAGCAACGGCAGCAGCAGCAGCAGGAGCAGCAGCAGCAGCUCCAGCAGCAGCAGCAGGAGCAGCAGCAGCAGCAGCAGCAGCAGCAGCAGCAGCAAACGAAGACGGCAAAACCAAGCGUUUCUUCUCCGCCUUGUUUUUGCUGCUGGUUGAAGGCCGGGGGCUCGACGAGGAGGCCCUAGCAGCAGCAACAGCAGCAGAUGCAGCAGCAGCAGCUGCCAGCAGCAGCAGCAGCAGCAGCAGCAGCAGCAGCAGCAGCAGCAGCAGCAUUUGCCUGCUGCGGGGGCCUCGCGUGCUGCAGCUGCUGGCAGCAGCGCUGCAGCAGCAGCCGCUGUUUGCUGCUAAUGCAGAAAACUGGGGAAAAGGCCUCAAACUUAUUGUGUCUUUCGGUUUGGCGGAGCCCUCAGUUGCUGCUGCAGCAAAGACAGCUUUGCUGCUGGGGGUGCUGCGGCUGCUCUUUCUGCUGCUGCCAGCUGUCGAUACACCCCAAGCAGUGCCCACCCUCGACCUCAAUGUGCUCGUAGACUUUGUUGCGGAAUUCAGCAAGUUGGUGCCGCUGCAGUCUUUACCUGCUGUUGUUCGUCUCCUCGCGGACCACCGGAGUCUCUGUGCUGCUGCCUUCAAGCGGAAAAGCAAAGAAGACAGACCAGCAGCAGCAGCAGCAGCAGCAGCAGCAGCAGCAGGUGCUGCUGCUGUUACCCCAGCAGCAGGUGCUGCAGAAAACAGAAGACGGAUGCAGGUUGCUGGCGCUAAGGUGAUUGGCAUGAUAAAGGCAGUGGAGGAAAGGCUGCGGCUGUCCCCUCACGCCCACCUUAUAUUCGAGCUGCGUUUGCUGCUGGCAGAGACACUGGCCCUCACGCAUGCAGGCGUAUCAAACAGGACGCUGCAGCGCGCGGAGCUCCCAAGGCCCCGCAUCGACAGCGAAGAAGCGUGGCGGAAAUGCUCUGUGGGAACUGUAGAUACACCCGAAGGCGGAGACUGUCCCUAUGCAAUUUACAAAGCAUUUGUAGACUGCCAGCAAUUCCUUCAGGCCCCUGAUUUGGUGCUGGCACAAGGCAGCGAAGCAACGGUUGCUGCUGUUGCUGCAGUGCAGCAGGUGCUCUCUUACUUAGAGACUUACCACACGAAAACUAGCAGCAGCAGCAGCAGCAGCAGCAGCAGCAGCAACAGCAACAGCAGCAGGAAGGGCGGUAGCGCAGCUGCUGAGAGCCUGGAGGACUUCUAUGACUGGUUGCUGUUGUGGGAGACCCCAGCAGCAGCAGCAACAGCAGACUCAGCAGCAGCAGCAGAUUCAGCAACUGCAGCAGCAGACUCAGCAGCAGCAGCAGCAGCAGCAGCAGCACCGUUCCCGCUGCUGCAGCCGCCACCUAUUUCUUUGCUGCGGCAAGCUGACGAAUGGUGUCUACUGGAGGACAACCCCCCGCCCAGCAACUACCUCGAGCUCGGGCUGACAGACAAGCUGCAGCACAAGCUGCGGGACUUCUCGCUGAAGCUGCAGCAAGACAAAAACCCCGAAAACGAAAUUGACGACAGCAGCAGCAGCAGCAGCAACUGCUUCUUCAUCAAAAGAUUCCACAGACUCUUUUUCCUCUUUCAUUCCGACAGAUUCGACGUCCUCCCCGUCAAAAAUGCGAGUUGUGAGGCUCUGGGCGAGAUAUUGGAAAGCAUUGAGAAAGGCGAGGAACUUCCACUUGCGCAGAAGCACAGCAGCAGCAAAUCGCGGGCAGCAGCAGCAGCAGCAGCAGUGCCACCGGCGGCUGCUGCUGCUGCUGAGCCCAUGCAGCAAGAUGCUGCAGCAGCAGCAGAAGCCACUGGUGGUGGUGAUGCUGCUGCUGCUGCAGAUAGCACUGCGAUGGAGGUUGAUGCGAAAGCUGCAGCGCGAGAGCAGCAGCAGCAGCAGCAGCAGCAGCAGCGGAAGGGGUCUGAGGCUGCUGGCUAG